GCAGUCGCGCACCCGCCCGCAGCCUUUACAGUUCACGCCGACGACUGCAGUCGUGCACGCGCGCACGUCGCCGCCGCGGUCUCGUCGCACGUGCUUUAUUCCUCCGAUCAACCCCGAGGGCAGCGCCGCCGCGAUAACGACAUCGCACGAAAUAUAAUAUUAUAAUAUAUUAUUAUUGCCGAUAUAUUAUUAUCUUCGUGACCGUCCCGCCGGAACCCGAACGCAGCCAAGAUGUUGUACCAAGAAGUGAACUCCGGAGAAAUAAUGGAUUUAGACGAGAUCUUAAGCAACUUUGGAUUGGGCUCAUAUCAAGUGACCGUCUGUGCUCUAAUGGGGCUCGUGCUCAUGUACUCAAACAUAUCACCGCUUAGUUACGCCGUUACAGCCAGUGACCUUAAAUACAGAUGCGAAGUUCCGCAGUGCGACAUCGACAACCCAAUUUACGAACCGGACUGGUUAAACCGGGUGAUACCUUUCAAAGAAAAGAGCAUAGAGCCAUACAAAUGCCUCAAGUACCACUACAAACAAACCAACGGGACGGACGUCUCUGCAAAUAAGACGUGUAACUUCGACGCAUUCGACGUCAAUUCAAGAGAGAAGUGCAACAAAUGGGUGUUCGGCGAAACGGAAAGAACGAUAGUGAACGAUUUUGGUCUUAUGUGCGAGGAAAACAAAUGGAAACUUAGCAUGGUGGGAACAAUCAACAGCCUUGGUCAGUUCGUGGGCAUUCCUUUAGCAGGAUUUAUUUCUGACAAGUAUGGACGCAAGUUUAUCUUAAUUAUAGGAUCAGUUACGUCGGCCGUGCUGGGCACGGCUCGGUCCUUCACUACCGAUUACUAUUCAUUCCUCCUUUUCGAAUUUUUGGAUUCCAUGGCCUCCAGUGGGGUGUAUGCAGCCACCUUUGUAUUAGGUCUAGAAUUAGUCAGUCCGAAAGCACGGGUCACGGUCAGUACUCUGAUGGGCUGUUUCUAUCCCAUGGGUGCGGUUAUCAUGGGCUUCGUGGCUUACAUGGUUCUCGAUUGGCGGAUAAUGCUUAGGAUAGUCUACUUGCCCGGACUGCUUAUAUUAGGAUAUGCUUGGUACGUGCCAGAGUCCAUGCGAUGGCUUCAAACGCAAAACCGAAUCGAAGAAAUGGCCAAGGUUUUGUCCAAAGUUGCUAAAUCCAAUGGCAAAACACUGCCGUCAAGCGUCAAAGAAGCACUGAUUGCUAACACCAAAGCCAACGCCAACGCAACGAACGGGGUCGACGAUGAUAAUCAAUUGUCUUGUAGUAAAUUAAUGAGUAAAAUAUUUAGUUCAAAGGAGAUUUUCCUGCGGCUGAUCAACUGUUCGUUUUGCUGGACAACGAUUACGUUAGUUUAUUACGGCCUAUCGUUAACUUCUGUGGAGUUCUCCGGUAACAAAUACUUGAACUUUAUGCUUGUAAACGCGGUAGAAGUGCCAGCUUUUUUGACAUCAUGGUACUUCAUGGAACACUUUUCCAGGCGAAAUACCCAAGCGUUUUCAUUCCUCUUCAGUGGCAUUGGAUGUAUUAUGGUGAACGUAAUACCUCAGAAUUAUUUAUGGGUGAAACUGUUGUUGUUCUUGAGCAGCAAGUACGCCAUCACCAUGGCAUUUAAUACCAUGUACGUAUUCACUGCAGAGAUGUUCCCCACCGAAUUGCGUAUGUCCCUGUUCGGCAUAGCUUCCAUGUUUGGUCGAAUGGGCUCCAUGAUCGCUCCACAGAUGUCGCUGUUGAGUGUCUAUUUUGGACAAUACGUGCCAAUCUUGUUGUUCGGAAUCAUUUCGUUUAUGGCCGGGGCGCUAGCUUUCUUGUUCCCGGAAACAAAAGAUCAAAAAUUACCAGACACAGUAAAACAAGCUGAAUUCGUUGGAGAGGUCUAAAAAGAUUCUGAACGGUUCGUGAAUCCAACGGAAGUACACCGGGAGAGAACACCGGUUGCAGUCGUGCCUUAUGACAUUUGUAUAUUAGUUAUAUUUUUAAUAAUGAUUCCAUGUGUCUCAUAACGUAUUAAUUUAUUUUUAUAAUUAUUUAACGCUAAGCAAUAGUAUUUUAUAAACCUUAAUACUGAAGGAAACUAGUUUCUAUAAUCUUUAAGUUCACAUCAUUCAUAUAUAACUAACUCCACUAACUGUGUAUGUAUGUGUACACAUUAUACAAUACUGGAUUAUUUUUAAUGUAUAGUGUAUACACAUUACAUAUAAUGUGAUGGUAAAUAAUAUCUCAACAAAUUCCAUUUCAU